AUGACCAACCUUUCAUCAUCUAAUACGAACACCAACGAAACAAGAUCUACAUCUUCAGCAUCAGACGACCCAACUAAAAAAAGAAUGACACACUUGACGAUGCGACUAAAGAAUGUCUUUCGGAUCUCUCAUCCACCCUCAAGUGUUUCAACCAGUACGAUAAAACGACCAUUAUCAUGUGUUAUUGAAAGACCUAACGAUGGAUUAUGGGAUGAUGAUCAAAUGAUGGAAAUUGAUAUGGAUGCACCUUCACUUAUCGAUUCGGCUUCGUCUUCCACCGUGUCAGAUGAAGAUAACUCCGCUCAGGGGCUGAUGAUCCUACCCACAGACAUAAAACAAGAUGAGGAUGAUCUUUUUGAAUAUGAACAACAAACACAAUGGGUCAAUACUGCCAAACAUUGGUAUUCCGAUUAUAUUUUCCCUUUUCAUAAAUCUAAUGAAAUCAAUCAUCCUUCACCCUCAUCAUCAUCUUCUUAUCGUGAAGGGAUUUUAAAAACGCCACAACCAGAAGAAGAAGAAGAAGAAUCGAGUUCCAUAUUAGGCAAACGACAAAUGACAUCCAGUCCUUCCUCCAUCACGACUUUUCAUCAUAAUAAUAACAAAAAGAAAAAAAGAAUGCCUGUCAUUCGAUUUGAUAAAAUGGUACAAAUUCAUGCUACUUAUUCACAACAAGAUUAUAAUCGUCAAUCUGAUCCUGAUGCUAUCUGUACUCGAUUAAAUGCUACCUUGGCUCAUCAAAUCAAACAAGAAUUGAAUCUUUUCAAAACUACUGAAAUGCCUAUUCAUGAACAAAGUCGUGUUUAUACUCAUUUUUUCUUUUAA